GAAUUGAAAAACAUACACUGAUGGUUAUGUUAUAGUCUUGUUGGUGAAAAAUGCGUUAGUUUUCAUUCGGUAUGGUUUAUGCUUUUAAAAUCCUUGCAUACAGAGCAAAUAUCUUUGAGUCUAAUAUGCACGUUCAAACGGCGAAAAAAAUAGACACUCUUAAACUGUGGUUUUUCUGGCUGAAUUGUCAAUUGAAAAUUUAAUUCAACCAGAAUGUGUUCAUGAAAUUACUCAUUUAUUUCGCACCGUUUGGCACAAUUUUUAUUUUUCACUUUAAUGAGAUCAUUUUAAACCAUUUUUAUUUUACUGAGACAGAAACCAACAAAAGUUUACCAUACAGGAUUAAUUUCUCUGGCUCACUUAGCUAACAAAACAUACCAAAUAUGACAAACAGACUUUUGCCUUAGACAUCAAAACUCAAUUUAUCUUUGUUCGUUCUGAACUUGUUUCAAACAUUGUGCUUAUUUGAACAACAAUUAGUGCGAAUCAUCUUUAGUCAAUGUUGAUGACCUCCUAAAAUAAUUUCAGUUUGUCUCAAAUUCAAGGCAGAAGUUUAUCUCAAACAGCGAAGAACUUCUGCCGCAAAAAAUAGUCGUAAAAAAGUUUUGGCAAUCGUCAAAAUUUUUGGAUUAUUUUCUGGAUAAACGCACUAGGAAAAUGGGGAGGUAUUUAUCAAAUUGAAUAAACAAUUUAGUCGAGAAGACUCAAGUUUUUUGCGAACAGUUUACAAGAUUUUUCAUUUCGUUACCAGAAGGAUAUUUGCACAACAAGUUUCAACUUGAAACAUUCUUUGUAACUUCGUGAUUAAAAUGCCGUAUGAAAAUAAUCAAAAGUUUACUUAACCUGGCAGCAAUAGCAAACUCUUUGAUAACUUGCCGUGCCAUUUUCAUUAUUUGAGUUGCCUUAACUGCCGUUCACAACUUAUUCAGCUAAUUUGUUCUCAUUUCUUAUCUUAAAAUUUGCUUUAGGCAAAUUUGAGCAAAGUAGCUUCAUUUUUCCUUGAUUCUAACUUGGUUAUUUUUUGCUUAAUUAUGAAGCUAUCACUAAAGUAGAUGAUAAUGAUUUCCAUUACGUAUUUUUUAAUCAAUUAUUUGUUGAUUUUUUCACACCUUUACUCGUAUGUUUUCACUGUGGAUGAUAUAGUUAUUAAUCAAAAACAUGAGGAAGUCGCUACUUCAAAGAGGGAGGCCUAUGCUGCUUUGUUCUAUGGAGAAGACGAGGGGUUCUUGCUGGGCCUCCGAGUCCUCGGUCAGUCACUCAGGCAACGGGGAUCCACUCGCGAAAUGGUCGCCUUGUGUCUGCCAGACGUGUCGAAUGAGGUGAGGUUCCUGUUGGCCAGAGAGGGCUGGACCAUCUACCCUGUGAACCCGGACGACAUCAACUACGAGGGACCCUACAAGGGACACGUGGCUAAACUACUAGUACUCACACUCACCCAAUACAAAAAGAUAGUGCUGAUAGACACAGAUGUGAUCGGGUACGAGGGGGCAGAUGACAUCUUCAACUGUGGCAGCUACUGUGCCACCAUGCGACACAGCAACAUAUUCAACUCGGGAGUGAUGGUGUUAACUCCUAGCCAGACUCACUUCCACAACAUCAUCAAGAUGCUGGAGACCUGGGACCCCCUGGACCACAGUCACAAGGGGGGAGACCAGGACAUCCUCAACGUCUACUUCAGCCCCAUUACCCUCGCCCUCUCCUACAACAAGACAGACCCCAACUACAAACCCCCCACAUACGCACAACUCCCAUUCGAGUACAACAUGGACGCAGGGAUGUAUUACCUCCGGAGUUCCUGGCUGAUUCCCAGAAAGGACUUCCGAUUUCUCCACUACACCUUUGGACCCAUCCGACCCUGGCAGUGGCUCAGCUACCCUCUAUUCGACCUCAACCAUGAGUGGCAGGACAUCCGGUUCCAGCUACGAGACCCCACCAAGGAAAUGUUCACGUCAUUCUUUCGCUACUUGCCUUUCUACGCGGUGCUCUUCCUCUUCGUAAUUCGAGUCACAACUUUCCAAUCUUUUCACAGACAUCUAGCAUCCACUGUCCAUUCCUUACUCUCAUUGUCCUCCAGCGAACCCUUGCGCUGCAGUAGCGGAACUAUCAUGUGCGUCUGUAAAAACGUCUUCUCAAUGACCGUUUAUGUUUUCCCAAUUUAUUUUCGCUUCUGCAAAAUGCUGACAUUUAUUUCUGUUUUAAUGUGCGUCCCCAUUUCGAUUUACAUGGUUCCAAUGCACGUUCGGCCUUUAGUAGGAUGGCUAAUGUUCACCUUUUCGUUUACAGUUUUGAUUGCUCAUAUUUUUGAGUUCACGUUUUGGUUUUGCCAUUAUGGCUGUUAUGGGUCCAUGCACGGGGGAGCCACCCGCGAAUGUCCCCCUGUUUCUAACUCUGGGGGGAGGAGACACACACUUAGACAAUCAAAUCACCGCCAAUAUCUACACAGCGCUCAUUUGAAGUUCGUCUUAAUCACUUUUUUCUAUGUUUUACUGGGUCUUGCUAUUGUAAUUAAUGUCGGAAGUUUCGCAAGCCGAGUUAAAACUGCGGUGCUCAUUGGACUAUUCUAUCUUGGAUUUCUCUAUUAUUCGAUCGAUUCUUUAGUAGGAUUAUAUACGCAUUACACUCUUCCAAGCAACAACUCGCACCAUGUUUCGAAAAGAAGUGAAGACAGCUCUCCUAUUUUGGAACCUUGAAAAUCGUCGCAAAGUCGGAUCAAAUUUUAUUCUGUAACUAGGUGAGUUCUGAUUCGGCUGCUUAUACUUUGUACAAAGAUGCACACCUGUUUUGUGGCGUGAACAAUCGCAUAACGCAAAAACUUGAUGAAAUUUUUGUCUGACCGAAAGUGCUUUUAGAAGAAAAGUAAUCAUGACAGACUGCUUUUAGCGAAGUGCUCCUUACAACUUCAUAUCCUAUGUUAUCUAUCUAUAUCACGUGAUUUUAUCUCUAGCAUUGUUGUACUUUUCACUACUUGCGCAUUUUAACUUCAGGUUCCUUUAUUAUCGUUUAAAUUACCAUUUGUAGAAUCCUGAAAUUCAAUUUUGCUGAAAA